AUGGCUUAUGUAGCCUCGUCGAACUCCGUCCACACAUUCCGGCCGCAUUUCCCCACCGCCGAAUCCCCGCCGGUGCCGUUUACCAGAGCCACUUUCCCUUUCCAUGAGAAACCCCGGAGGCAAUUCCCGGUCGUAGCAUGCCAAACCAAAUCCAACUCCUCGACUGAGAACUCCACCGUUAAGUUUAGGUUCCGAUUUCAUUCCGUUGAAACAGUGCAGGAAAAACAGGCUGAUAGUUCAGUGACGAACGACGCCGGGGAGGCGACGAGUUCGUCUUCCGAUUCUGCUGGUCUCCCCGAAUUCCCGACUAGGAAUCUGAAUAGAAGGAUAGCAGUUGGUUCGGGGCUCUUCGGAGUUGGGCUUUUCGUUUUAGGGCGGCUGGAUUUUGGGGUUUCCCUGAAAGAUUUAUCCGCCGCUGCAUUGCCUUAUGAAGAGGCUCUCUCAAAUGGGAAGCCGACGGUGGUGGAGUUCUAUGCAGAUUGGUGCCAGGUUUGCAGAGUUAGCCCCAGAUGUGUACAAAGUCGAGCAGCAGUACAAGUAAACCGAAUCUCUUUAUGGGGGCAAGUGAAUUUUGUGAUGCUGAAUGUGGACAACACGAAGUGGGAGCAAGAGCUGGAUGAGUUUGGAGUCGAAGGGAUCCCACAUUUCGCAUUCCUCGACCGAGAUGGAAAUGAAGAAGGCAACGUAGUUGGGAGGCUGCCGAGGCGGUACCUUAUGGAGAAUGUCGAGGUGCUCGCUAAAGGGGAGGCGACCGUGCUUCAUGCUCGUGUGGUCGGGCAGUUCUCUCGAAGGCAGAAUCAAGGAAAGUUCGCCCCAUUAGCGAUCCUAGAACCCAUGGUUGAUUGAAAAUGCAGUUGCUGCUGCAUCUUUCAUUUGAAAAGAGAAGUUUGGUAAUUAACACUUUUGUUAACUUCAUGUAUGCUGAAAGCCAUCUACUACUUUGAAUGGUGCCUACCCACUUGUGAAUUUGAUAGUUAAUUUAACUUGCAGUUUAUGCAGAGAACUCCUGUUUGAUAGCUUAUCUAUGGUUAUUGCUGAGUUUCCUUCUUUUAGGAAGAACAUAAUCAAGGUCAAUAGAUUCCAGUUUUGCUGUUUUAUGCAACGUAUAGAUGAUUCUCGUUGAAUGUUUGGAUUCAUCUAAACAGGAUAUUUCAUUGCGGAUAGGGAAGGAGAACAAGAACAGCAGAAAGAACUUCAUCUUAGGUUUGCAAUUACAGUAAUGUAUACCAGAAAUUGGGUAGGGCAAGGGGGCCAUAUUGACUGGAAGUGAAAGGGGCGAAACCGUACUAGACAUCAGUUAUCUGCAACGGUAUAUCUAUCUAUCUAUAUAUAUAUUGAGGAUCUACCAUGAAACUACAUAAUAUAUACCUCAAUUGUAUUCACAGGAGAAUGGGAUAUAUAUGAAGAACAACAAGCACUCCCACCUUCACUGAGCAUUACCCAAUAAGCUGUUCGAUGAAGGCGAGCUCUGCUCACUGAACCAAGGAUCCUGCACCGAAACAGGGGAGCUAUCUUUCACUCCUUCCUCCAGUGAACUCAAAUACUCCACCUGGUUCCUCUCUGGAACAAACAGCCUCUUGCUCUCGAUGCUCGCCUUCUUCGUGGCCAGCGACUUCUCGCUUCUACCAUCGUCCUCGUCGUCCCCUGAUGAAGUCGAGGAACGCCCUGGCGAUCCAAGGUACACGUCGGGAACGAUCCAAGCGCUGAGCCUGAUGUUCUCCAGCUCCUGAGCCACCUCGGUCAUCGAAGGCCUCAUGUCGCGAUGAAAUGCCAGGCACCUGAACGCAAGCUCGGCAACAUUAUGAAUCGACGACAGCGUCCACGCGUCCCUGUGCGGCUCGAGGUAAGGGUCAAUGAUGUCAUCCACCCCACCUCUGCCAAUCCUGUCUAUGGCAAGGGCUGCCAAGUUGACCUCACUGUGAGGUCGCGAAAAGUCGACCACCUUCAGCCCUGUGAUGAUCUCCACCAGCACGACUCCGAAGCUGUACACGUCGCUCUUGUCUGAGAGAUGGAAGUACUGAUGAUACUGUGGAUCCAGAUAACCCGGCGUCCCCUGUGGAGCAGUCGACACGUGGGAAUUCUCCGUCAGACCGAGCCUAGACAGCCCGAAAUCGGCCACUUUCGACUUGAAGUUGUAGUCGAGCAGUAUGUUGCUGGAUUUGAUGUCCCUGUGGUAGAUAGGCGGGUUGACUGCAGAAUGUAGAUAGGCAAUGGCGUUAGCCGUUUCGGUGGCAACCGCCAGUCGAAUCGGCCAUGGAAGCCCCUUCCCUCUCUCCCUCUGCAAAUGCUGACAGAGGGUUCCGUUCGGCAUGAACUCGUAGACCAGAAUCUGCUCCCCUGACUCGAUGCAGCAGCCGAGGAGGCGGACGAGGUUCGGGUGGCUGACCGAGGAGAGGAGCUUGAUCUCGUUCAUCACUUGGUCGAUGCUGUCGGUGUCCCUGUGUCGGAUUUUCUUGAUGGCCACGCACUCGUCGUUGUGGAGCUUGCCGGAGUAGACGGUGCCGUAUGCGCCCGUGCCGAGGCGCUGCUUGUCGGAGAACCCGUUGGUGGCUCGCUCGAUGUCUUUGUAAGCGUAGAAGGGGACGCUGGAGUUGCCGGCGGCCUCGGAGACGAGGCGUUUGGCGCUCUGACGGUGUCGUAGGAAGGUGGAGCGCCGGCGCAGGCAGUAGCAGAGGAAGGCUACCGCUGCCAUUAGUGCAGCUCCGGCGACUAGGCCUCCGACGAGAACGCCGACUCUUGUGGUUCCUCCACAUUCGCCGGACAUGUACUUCGAUGGGUUGCAGUUGGAAGCUUUCCGGCAACCACCGCGGCCAAACCCGUCGCCGACGAGUCCUUCCCGGCACCGGCACCGGAACCCCGACUUACUUCCCUCGCCGCCGCCGAGGCUCACAUCUCGGCAGUCGGCGAGCCGGGAGCAGGAACCGGUCCGGUUCUCCGCACAGCUCCCGUCGAGCCACCACUCCAGCUGGGCUCGCUGGAGCUCCAGCGACACCACCGGGUCCUCGGAACCCGACCCGAGCGCCACCGCCGUGAACGCGAACUUGCACCGGGUCGCGCUCACGUCGCCGUAGCUCAGCACCGCCGCGCCCGUGUUCUCCACCGAGUAGCAGGUCACGUUGUCGCUCCUCGAAUCGCACCCGCCGCUGACGUUCAGCUGGUUCUGGAUCGAGCUCGUCGGGAUCACGCACCCGCCGCCGCCCGUCCGUCCGCCGCCGCCGCUGCAGUUCUGGAGGAGCAGGCUGGUCCGCCAGGCGGGUGCGAAGUUGGAACCGAAGAGGGAUGAUAGAGAAUCGAGCGGCCGGUUGCAUUUCGCCGGGACGGCGACGAUUACUCCGUCGGGGGUGAUGUUCUGGACCCGAAACUCCCCGAUUCGGAUCUCCCCGGCGGAGCAAUUGAGCUGAAUCGGGCAGCCCGAUGAGAACCCAAACGGGUACGGGACCCGUCCUCCGCCGCCGCCGCCGCCGCUGCAUACCUGUUCGCAAUUUUUAACCUCUGCUGACCUAAUUAGCGGGAGGAGAUUGAGAAUCCAAAUGGUACCCAGUAUCAGUACAGGCCAAAUACGCGAAACCAUCAUCUCUUCGGAGGAUCUUUCGAUUUACCCAGAAGCUGAAUGAAUCAUUGACCUGGUGAAAAACAGAGGGGGAAAAUUGGUGUGAGAAUCUUGGAACAGAGGGCUUAUUAAAUUGGGUUUCCAGGCCUGGUGCCGUUGGGAAGCCAUCUGAAGAAGAAGAAAAUAGAAAAGUCAAUUAAUGCUUCAUGGAAAAGGAACCGAGAAGGAGGGUGGAGAGAGCUUCAUUAAUGGUGUGAAAGUGAAUGACCCUCUGUUUCUGGCUUCAUCGUUCAUUUUCUCAUCCAAUUUCUUAUUUCCACUUUUCCUUACCAACCAAACAGGAAAAUACAGAGCCGAAAGUAUUAAUGAGCUGUAGAGAGAGAGAGAGAGAGAAAGCAGUGGUACCUCUUACGACUAAGCUGGUCACUGGACCGAUUUCUCAUUCGGUUGG